AUGAGUGCCGACGAAGACAUCAGUGGAGUUAUCAUAAAACGUACAUCUUCAAAAAAGAGAUCCCGCGGCAGUCAGAGAACUCAUCUCACCCCAGCAAAGAAACGAGCAAGUCCAAAAGAUGAUCAGUUCCUUGAAGAUACUGAUAUGAAUCAAAUGGUACUGACAGAGCAGGACGUGUGUACACCGUGCUGCAGCGACAAUGAGGAUUUAUUUGACGGGUACGAUAGCAUUGCAUGUGACAGCUCUUUCCUUGCAAAGCUUGAGGAUGUGGAGCUCAACGCGAAAAAGUUUGACAACACGUGUGAGGACAAUCUCACAGACUCGCUGUUUACAGAGGACCUUCAUGACGACUUAGUUAAAGACCUCCCAAGCUCACAGCUUGCAUUCCAACGAGAGGUUGCCCAAAACGUCAAAAAGUACUCCACUUCAAGCAGGGAUAACACUUCCACACCAGUAGCGAAAGGCUCCAGGAGAGUUAUCCAGGAGAAACAAUCGGUUCCCACGGCCAGAAGGAGUAUGUCUGACAGCUUGAAGAGAGCAAUGCUGGGAAAUGCAGUUACAUCAUCAAGUGUCUCAAAGACAGCCCUGCAGAAGGAGGCUGUGGUUUCCGAGGAGAUUGGCAUGGCCAUGAAGGCUAUGGAGUCCAUUUCCACAGAUGCAGACCUUGGUCCUUUCUUUGGCCUGCCCAGCAAGGUGAAAGAUCUAAUCCACAGAAUUAAAGGAAUUGAGGAUUUGUACGAGUGGCAGAAAACAUGUCUCACCCUAGACUCAGUGCUACAGAGGAGGAACCUCAUCUACUCUUUGCCAACAAGUGGUGGAAAGACAUUGGUUGCAGAGAUCCUCAUUCUCAAAGAGCUUUUGUGCAGGAAGAAGGAUGCACUUCUCAUUUUACCAUAUAUAUCUCUGGUACAGGAAAAGGUUCGUGGGCUGGCUAACUUUGGAAUCGAGCUGAACUUCAUGAUUGAGGAGUACGCUGGCAGCAAAGGAAAGUUCCCCCCCGUGAAAAGAAGAAGCAAGAAUUCCCUUUACAUCACUACUAUAGAGAAGGGACACAGUCUUGUCAACUCCUUAAUUGAGGCAAAGCGACUGGACAACGUGGGUUUGGUGGUGCUGGAUGAGUUACAUAUGCUUGGGGAAGGCAGCAGAGGAGCGAUUCUGGAAAUGGCUCUGGCCAAAGUGCUGUACGCCAGCAAAACAACCCAAAUCAUUGGAAUGAGUGCAACCUUGAGUAACACUGAGGAUCUUCAAAAGUUCCUGAGGGCUGAGAAUUACACAAAUGACUUCAGACCUGUUCAGCUUAAAGAGUAUGUGAAGUUACGGGAUAGUAUCUAUGAAGUUGACCCACAGGAGGAGGAGUGCUUUAGAUUCUCUCGUCUUUUAAACUUUAAGUACUCCAGUGGGAUGCAGAAAACUGAUCCGGAUCACAUUGUGGCUUUGGUGACAGAGGUGAUUCCAAUGCAUUCCUGUUUGGUCUUCUGUCCAACCAAGAAGAACUGUGAAAACGUUGCUGGAAUGAUCUGCAAGUACCUGAAGAAGGAGUUUUUAAAGCACAAAGAGACAGAGAAAGCCACCCUGCUGGCAGAGCUGAAGAGCAGUGGGAAUGGAUCCCUGUGUCCGAUCCUUCAGAAAACCGUGCCUUAUGGCCUGGCCUACCACCACAGUGGCCUGACCAGUGACGAGAGGAAGCUGGUGGAGGAGGCCUACUCCUCAGGAGUGCUGUGCCUCCUCACCUGCACCUCCACUCUGGCUGCUGGGAUCAACCUGCCAGCUCGCAGGGUGAUUCUCCGCUCCCCUUACGUGGGUGUGGACUUUAUUAAGAGGAGUCAGUACAAGCAAAUGGUUGGUCGAGCUGGAAGAGCUGGAAUUGAUACAAUGGGUGAGAGCAUUCUCAUCUUACAGGACAAAGACAAGAUCAUGGCCAAAGCACUUAUGUCCUCUCCAAUGGAGAGGUGUUACAGCAACCUCCUGCAUGACGGCGGAAAAGGUCUCAUGGGUCUAAUCUUGUCUCUCAUCGGCCUUAAUGUGACACAGACACCUGGAGAAAUCAAGGAAUUUAUGUCUUGCACUCUGCUCGGCGUUCAAGAGACCCAGAUCUGCCCAGAGAAGAGCCUUGAGAAAAUCAUAGAGGAAUCAAUAGACACUCUGCAACAAAAGGGCCUCAUUGAAACCUUAACAGAUACACUUGAAAAGUCCCGUUUGCAGGUGACUAAACUGGGAAGAGCAACUUACAAAGGUUCAGUGGACUUGACUUACUCUGACGUCCUGUUCAGAGACUUGUCGAAAGGUCUGGAGGGUCUACUGCUGAAUAGUUUCCUGCACUUAGUGUACCUAGUUACUCCAUAUGAGAUGGUGUCUGACUGCAAGCCGGACUGGAUGAUAUUUUUCAGACAGUUCACGAUGUUGUCUGCGGCCGAGCAGAGGAUGGCCGCUGCUGUUGGUGUGCCUGAGAGUUUUGUGGCCAGAAAAGCAGCAGGGCAGAGCGUGAAGAAGUCCGUGGACACAGUGGUGGUGAAUAGAUUGUACCUCGCCCUGGUCCUCUACUCACUGUUGAAAGAGACCAACCUAUGGAGUGUGGCGAACAAGUUCCAGCUGACCAGGGGUUUUGUUCAGACUCUCCUCAGCUCUUCCUCAGCCUUCUGCUCCUGUGUCCUGCACUUCACCGAAGAACUGGAGGAAUUUUGGGCGUACAAAACGCUUCUCGCAGAACUGAUCCGCAAACUCACCUACUGCGUUCAGGCUGAGCUUAUUCCACUGAUGGAGGUUGCUGGAGUCAUGGAGGCCAGAGCCAAGCAACUUUACAACGCUGGGUACAAGACACUGUCUCAUUUGGCCAACGCAGACCCGAAUGUGCUCGUCAACACGGUCGAAAACCUGUAUAAGAGGCAAGCCAAUCAAAUUGUGGCCUCUGCAAAGAUGCUGCUACAUGAAAAGGCAGAGGCUUUACAGGAGGAGGCACAAGACCUCCUCUCACUUCCUGAUGACUUACCCUCUUUAUAA